AUGUACAAGAAAGUUAUAUGUCCAAUCUAUAAACAUUUCAUACCCAUUACAUCACAAAGAUCCAAGUCCGUACAUACAGACUGCAAAUACUUCCUUAAUCUGGAAGGGGCAGUGGCAAGCCAAAUUGCUUCAAUCUUGCAAGCUUGUAGUGAUCAUUCUCUUAUCCAACAAGGCAGACAAGUUCAUGCACAUGCUAUUUGCAGUGGACUUGUAAAAAACAGCCUUGUCGGUACAAAGAUUUUGGGUAUGUAUCUUCUCUGUGGGAGCAUUGUGGAUGCUAAGAACAUCUUUUAUCAGCUUGAUUCGCAAUAUACUUUGCCUUGGAACUUGAUGAUUAGAGGGUUUACUAUGAUGGGUUACUUUGAGUUUGCCUUGCUGUUUUACUUUAAGAUGUUGGGUUCUGGAAUUUCACCUGACAAGUACACUUUUCCAAGUGUAAUUAAAGCUUGCGGUGGUGUGAAUAAUGUAAGAUUGGGUAAAGCAAUCUAUGAUACCAUCCAGUUUAUGGGUUUUGGAGUGGAUAUAUUUGUGGGUAGUUCUUUGAUUCAAUUGUAUGUGGACAAUGGUUGUAUACAUGAUGCAUGGUGCUUGUUUGUUGAAAUGCCUCACAAAGAUUGUGUUUUAUGGAAUGUCAUGCUUCAUGGUUAUGUUAAAAAUGGAGAAUCAAAGAAUGCUGUUGGAAUGUUCUUGGAAAUGAGAAAUAGUGAAAUUAAGCCCAAUGCAGUGACGUUCGCUUGCAUUUUGUCUGUUUGUGCCUCAGAAGCUAUGAUUGGUUUUGGUACUCAGCUUCAUGGGCUAAUUGUUGCUUCUGGGUUGGAGUUGGAUUCCCCAGUGGCUAAUACAUUGUUAGCAAUGUAUUCAAAAUGCCAGUGCUUGUCUGAGGCCCGAAAAUUGUUUGAUAUGAUGCCACGAACUGAUUUAGUGACAUGGAACGGAAUGAUAUCUGGGUAUAUACAAAAUGGGUUUAUGGUUGAGGCUUCACGCUUGUUUCAAGCGAUGAUUUCUUCUAGUGUCAAACCGGACUCAAUCACAUUUGCAAGUUUUCUACCAUCGGUUGCUGAACUGGCUAGCCUCAAGCAAGGUAAGGAAAUUCACGGUUACAUUGUAAGACACUGUGUGCCUUUGGAUGUGUUCUUGAAAAGUGCACUGAUUGAUGUAUACUUCAAGUGCAGGAAUGUGGAUAUGGCAUGCAAAAUUUUCAACCAAAGCACCAGAACUGAUGUUGUCAUGUGCACUGCUAUGAUUUCAGGGCUCGUUCUCAAUGGGAUGAAUAAUGAUGCAUUGGAAAUUUUUAGAUGGUUACUUAAAGAGAAAAUGCGACCGAAUUCUCUAACCUUGGCAAGUGUUUUACCAGCUUGUGCUGGUUUGGUUGCUCUGAAAUUGGGAAAGGAAUUGCAUGGAAACAUCCUCAAGCAUGGGCUUGACGGAAGGCUUCAUCUGGGAAGUGCGCUUACAGACAUGUAUGCAAAAUCUGGAAGAUUGGAUCUUGCUCAUCAAGUUUUUGAAAGAAUGUUUGAAAGGGACACCAUAUGUUGGAACUCAAUGAUAACAAGCUAUUCCCAGAAUGGCAAGCCAGAAGAGGCCAUUGAUAUAUUUCGUCAAAUGGGGAUGGCAGGUGCCAAGUAUGACUGUGUAAGCAUUUCAGCUGCUCUUUCUGCUUGUGCAAACUUACCGGCACUUCAUUAUGGGAAAGAGAUUCAUGGUUUCAUGAUUAGAAGUGCAUUUAGGUCUGAUCUGUUUGCUGAGAGUGCACUGAUAGACGUGUAUGCCAAAUGUGGAAACUUAGUUCUUGCUCGCCGUGUGUUUGACAUGAUGGAAGAGAAGAAUGAAGUUUCCUGGAACAGCAUUAUUUCUGCUUAUGGGAGUCACGGUUGCCUUCAGGACUCUCUUGUCCUGUUUCGUGAAAUGUUGGGUAAUGGGAUCCUGCCUGAUCAUGUCACCUUUCUUGGUAUAUUAUCUGCUUGUGGCCAUGCAGGCCAAGUUGAUGAUGGAAAUUUUUACUUGAUUGAGGAAUAUGGGAUCCCAGCUAGGUUGGAGCAUUAUGCUUGCAUGGUAGAUCUAUUUGGGCGUGCUGGACGUUUAAGUGAAGCAUUUGAAACAAUAAAGAGCAUGCCAUUCUCCCCAGAUUCUGGUGUCUGGGGAACAUUGCUUGGAGCUUGUCGGGUCCAUGGCAAUGUUGAGCUUGCUGAAGAGGCAUCAAGACAUCUUUUUGACGUAGAACCACAAAAUUCUGGGUAUUAUAUACUACUCUCAAAUAUACAUGCUGAUGCUGGAAAAUGGGGGAGUGUGCUUAAGGUUAGAAGUUUGAUGAAGGAAAGAGGAGUUCAGAAGGUUCCUGGGUACAGUUGGAUCGAGGUUAACAACAGCACUCAUAUGUUUGUUGCAGCAGAUGGAAGUCACCCACAGUCUGCUCAGAUAUAUUCAAUGCUCAAGAGUCUUCUUCUUGAACUGAGAAAAGAGGGUUAUAAUCCUCAACCCUAUCUUCCUACACAUCCACAAACAUCGGGGAUGUAA